UGAGGAGAGGGAUCGAGAAAAGGUGUAAUUUAUAAAUUUUUCUUUUAGGUAAACCAUUACGUAAAAACGUCUCAACCAGGUGCUCAAAUGAAGCUUUAAUGGCGAUGAACAACAUGCCUCAAUGUGUGUAAUCUACUAAAUGCCCAAAGUGUGAUGAUCGAUAGCCGACACCACCUGUUGCCCCAAAAAUCUCUCGGUUCUGAUGGUGGGGUUGGCUCGGGCUGCGACACGAGCCCAAGGGAGUUUCAAAGAAUUUGUCGGUUAUAAACACAUGGGGUGUUCAAAACAGAAUUGACUUUCUCUCCCUAUCAUAUACCCGGAAUGCAGAUAUGUUCGCCAAGUGUAACUUUUGGUUGGUUACAUUUCCAAGGAUGGAGAUAUAAGCCAAAGGAUCUGUGUUGCCGGUGGUGAUCCUAUGCUGGUAGAGUCUCCAUCUGAGCCCAAGUGGUCCUCUAAAGGGGAACUAUUUUUCAUUACAAAUAGGAAAAAUCGAUUCUGGAACCUUUACAAUUGGAUUGAGCACAGAAGCGAGGUGGUAUCAGUUUAUUCCAUUAUUGCUGAGUUUACAAAACUGUAUUUCGAUGAUUGCUCCUUUGAUUUCAUCCCGACCAAUGGCAACAACAACUUAAUUGCUUGCAGCUACAGACAGUUCGGUAAAUCAUACCUUGAAAUUCUGGAUGUUGCACAAAAUUCUCCAACUUUCCUCGAUGAUACUUUCACAGAUAUAAGUAACAUUCUUAGGUUUCGGGGAGUGACUGUAUAUACGUUCAAGGAGCACCGUCUGUUCAUCCCUAUCAGUAGCAAAGGUAUAACUUUGUCAUUCUUCUUUAAUAUUAAACCUGCUUUUUUAUACAAGUGA